AUGUUAUUUUGGGUACAUCAUAACUGUGGAACUCGUUUGUACAAAGUUAAGAUCAAUACAAGUUCUAAUUGCUUUAAAAAAAUUUUUAUCCAUAUUUCGUCUCGACAAUAUUUCUUAUUAGUUGUUCCCGCAUUGUCAUCUAAAUUGGAAACUCAAUUUCCCAUCGAACUAUAUUCAACGAACCGGGUUAUUAAUCUGUGCGGCAUUAUAAUUGAUAAUAAUCUAGGUUGCUCGUGGACACUCUGUCUAGAUAAUAGUGUUGUUCCAAAACUAAUUGAUAAUCACAACUUGGUUGUGGAUUUUAUUCUGCACCGAUUUAACGGGAAAAGCGUACUACUAGAUUACUUUUGUGAAUUGGUGGCGACUAGUGUUAAAGAGGUAAUUUGGAUGACAGAUAAACCUCUGGACUAUACAUUUAAUGGCUGCGGUCUGAACCAAAGACUAGAUCAAUUCGCAUUUAUCUUUAAACGAAUAUGUGAAGUAUGCUAUCCUACAAAAGUUGACGCAAAUCGUUUACAUACUGAUUCUAACAAAUUUAACACUAAUUCCUUCGACAAAGGCUCAUACAGAACGUCUUCGCGGCCUCAUACAUUAGAAACUUCAUCUCAAGAAUCGUUAUUGGUUUCAUCGAAAUGCAGCAUUAUUACUCAAUCUGAAAUAUUUUCUCAUGUAUUUAUGAAGAACCAGUGUAUGGAGAAUCUGGAAGUUCGUAAAUUCUUCUGCUCUCUGUUGAUUGAAUAUAUUCGUAUUAUGUUGGAUCAUAAUGUACACAUAGAACAUUGCUUCUACGAGCUGCUAGUUAGUCUUAUUGCCAGGAUUGGGAAUUAUAUGCAAUUCGGUUAUUAUAUUCAAAGUCGUUUACUUGCAGAUUCAAAACCAGUCGCACUGCAACUUUUGUCGUUAGAGAGCGUAUAUCCUGCAGCUGGCCAACUUGCUAUCGAUAUGUUAAAGAGAACAAACACAUUUAAUGAUGAACUGUUUGAUGCCUUGUUGAUAAAGCGGCGGUCCUUGGAGGCACUCAGAUUUUCUAGACUCCAAUAUCCAUCGUAUGCUGUUGACACGGAGAAUAUCUGUAACUUUUUAAAUACUACUCAAAAAGAUCAAGAUUUUCUUCAGUUUUAUUGUGCCUACCAUUUUUUGAAAGAAGAAGGCCUGAACUGGAAGGAUUUAUUUAAGCAUACAGAUGGACCGUAUAGGUGUCUUGUUGAGCACUAUAUUGAUAGGUCUUACUGA